UGGGAGGGAGACUGAUUGUUUUCGGAACGCGUCACCGGCUGACAGUUACCGAUCAGCGGGCGGAGGGGACAGACAUGUAAACACCUACCGCGGGGUCUCCGGGGCCUGACUCACUCACCGUGAACGAGCGCUGCAGGCGGGAGCCCGCCAUUCCCACCGAGUAACGUGAAAAAUGUCUGAAAACUCCAGUGACAGCGAGUCUUCUUGUGGCUGGACGAUUAUUAAUCAUGAGGGUUCCGAUAUAGAGACCAUAAACUCUGAAAAUGGGGAUGUGUGUGCUGAUUUUGCUUCAGAGCAAAGGGAUGAGUUUGUGCAAGAAUUACAGCCCGCAGAAGCGGAAGAUGAGCCAGAUCUUUACAUCAGUGAGAACUCUGCUUCCACCAUAGGGAUUAUUCUGCAGGCUUCAGAAGAAUCUCAUCUUGCUUCUGAGGAUGUGUCAUCUUACAGCCUCUCUCCUACAGCAGCAGCCACCCUUCCAGAUGAAUUACGUUGCCAAGAGAAGAGAACGUUGGCUGCUGACAGCUUGGGUGAGGCUGCCAGUGAGGACUCUGACAUUGUUACCUUGGAAACGCCUAAAGUCGAUGAUAUUGGGCCCUUGGAGGACGAAGUGGCAGACAGUGGAGAUAUUAACAUGAGCUCUUCCUCUAGUAGUCAGUAUACCUUCAGCAAACCUGAGCUUGUUUUUCCACCUCAGCACAGUGCCGACGAGUCCAGCAAUGAUGAAGCAAGCGAUGAUUCUCGUCCGACUGUCCGACAACGGCGUUCAAAGAAAUUGUCUGUGUCUGUCUCAGAAUCUGACACUAAAGCUCCUGCAGACCAUCCUAUUGCAUCUAAACCUAGAACAUUGGGUUGUCGGGGACGUGGCCUGAAUAAAUGUAUUAUACUGGCUCUGAUCAUUGCAAUAAGUAUGGGUUUUGGCCAUUUCUAUGGUACUAUUCAGAUCCUGGAGCGGCAGAAACAUGUUGAAAUGAUUCAUGAAAACGAACUAAACGAUAUGAAGGAAGAUCUUUUUCAGUGUCAGAUGGACCAGGUAGCUACAGUGGAACAGAAGGUAGAAACAGAUGACCUCUCAACAACAUUUAAAACUGACGAGAAAAAAAACAACCUUGCACUGGAAAACCAGCAUUUAAGGACUUCUCUAAAGAAGGGAGAAGAAGUGUUCUCCUUACUGCAGGAUGAGCUUAGAAAGCUGCGAGAACAGAUUAGAAACCUGGAAGAAAAAGGAAAUGGCGAUCUGAUAAAAUCUGAAAAUCAGAAGCUGAGGACCUAUUUGAAAGAAGAAAGACAAAAGCUUAGGAGCUUCCUGACUCAGAAGGAAACUCUCUUGGCUGAAGCACAAACCCUAAGAAAAGAAUUGGAUAACGAGCGUCAGAUUACGGAGUCUUUAAAGGUUGAAUUGGAGGAGAUGAGCAACAGGAGGGCACCUAAUAUUAACCAGGAUACGGCUGAGAGUAGUCAAGAGUUUGAACAAAUGAGAGAACGACUUUCUGAGCUUGAAAAAAAGUUAAAUUUUGAGCAACAGAGAUCAGAUUUAUGGGAACGACUGUACAUUGAAGCAAAAGAGCAGAAUGAAAAACUAGAAAGUGGAAAUCCAAACCAUUCUCACGAGAAGGAACGAUAUAAAAGUAGAGGUAAAAAGAAAAGGGACAACUUCUUUAAUUCUGUUAAAGACACAUUUGACGCAAUGAAGAACUCAACAAAAGCAUUUGUAAGACAUCACAAAGAAAAGAUUAAACAAGCCAAAGAGGCUGUAAAAGAAAAUCUGAAAAAGUUCUCAGAUUCUGUAAAAACGACUUUUCGACAGUUUAAAGACUCAACCAAGAAUAUGUUUGACAAAACCAACUAUAAAAAAUACGCAGAAAGAAGGCGGGAAGAGACCAAGGAAGCACACACUGUGCGUCGGGAGUACAAACAAGAUUCUGAGGAUAAGGAUGCAAGUAAGGCAGCAGAAAAUCAAAAUGAGUACGGUAACUUAAAGUAUGAGAAUUCUAACAUUAAAGAUGAAAGUGCCUGGCCAAACCAUGGCAAAAAGACCAACAGUGAGCAGUGCACAUAUAAGAAGGGUUGCUCAGGAGUGUUUGAAUGUGCUCACCAAGAAUCUUUCAGUCUUUUUAACAAAGUGUUGGACCCUGUGCGCAUGGAAGAGUUUAACCAGUUGAUCCAGAUAUAUGUCCAGGAUCAAGUAGAUAAUUUCAGGCACUGGAAGGAGCUAUUUCAGUUCAUUAAUAGAUUUUUCCACAAUGGCGUUUUCAUUCACGAUCAAAUGCUUUUCACAGAUUUUGUUAAUGAUGUUGAAGAUUAUCUUGAGGAUAUGAAAGAAUAUACAACUAAUGAUUCUGGAGUAUUUGAAGAUCUUGAUGAAUUUGUGUACGGCCAUUUCUUUGGCAAUGCUUACACCACCCAAUACGGACCAAGGAAACCUGAUAAAAUUCCACCAUAUAAGGACCCUGAAAGUCCCGGACACAGAAAACAGGAGCAGAAACCUGAAAGAAACCAUUACAGAAGGGAAGGUAAAUGGAACCGGCAUGGACGUGCUAAUGGAAGACACAUGGCAAAUGUUGAAAUAGAUCUGGGGCAGUUACCGUUCGACCCAAAAUAUUAAACAUGGGAUCACUUGCAUUCAUGUAGUGUGGUUAUUAGAACUAGAUAAUUACCUUGAUUAACAAUGUCCUGUACUGGAUGCUGAAGGUUACACGUGCAAGGCGUCCUAACACAAGGGUAUCAAGCCUGGCUCUCUCAAACUGUUGAUAAUCUGUUACUUCCCAGUGGUUCGUCAACAGUUGAGACUGUUUGUGAGGUCCUGUUCUAACCAUAGUUUGCUGCUUUGGGUUUCCGAGUUUGUGGAUAUGAUUUUAAUUAAUCGAAUUUCUGGUCAGUGGGCGUUAACAGCAUGUAGAAGCAUGGGUCCACUCUUGACAGUCUGAAUCACUCAACUGAAUUGUCUACGUUUGUCGUGCUAAUUCUAAGUGCAGUGUUGACUUUAUUUUUUAUUUUCUCUCUUUGAAUUUUGGGGAGGGAUGGUUCAGGGUCUGCUUACCGCUAGCUUAUUUGACUUCUCUGUUUUGUGGUUAAAAAAAAAAAAAAAAAAAGCAAACAAAAUUCUGUAGGAAGACGUAGUUGCAUACAAAUGAGCUUGCUGGUUCUCUAAGGAAAUUUGUUACAAUUCUCAAUGUUUGCAGAAAAAUAAAGACAAACUGGACAAAUAAACCUUUUAUUCAAAAAAAUAUUUGUACAAUCCGUUUUUAAAUGAAAACACUAAAUGU